CCCGCACGGCACGGCCCGCUGCGCCACGUCCCAGGCACGGGCCCGGCCGAGGCCGGGACGCUUCCGCGGGGCGGGGCUGUGUAGGGGGCGGGGGCUCCUCGUCUGCCGCCUUUCCGUGGCAAAAGUGGCCCUUGGGCUCGGGAGCGCUUCCGGGGCAGCGUGGUCGCCGUCAUCCUCACCAUCACCCUCACCGGCAUCGUCGUGAUCACCGUUAUCAUGACAACGCUCCGCGCCUUCACCUGCGACGACCUCUUCCGAUUCAACAACAUCAAUCUGGACCCGCUGACCGAGACCUACGGGAUUCCUUUCUACUUGCAGUACCUCGCCCACUGGCCCGAGUAUUUCAUCGUCGCCGAGGCGCCCGGCGGGGAGCUGAUGGGUUACAUUAUGGGCAAAGCUGAAGGCUCUGUGGCUAGGGAAGAAUGGCAUGGACAUGUUACUGCUCUGUCUGUUGCACCAGAGUUUCGACGGCUGGGUUUGGCUGCUAAAUUGAUGGAGCUCCUGGAAGAAAUUUCAGAAAAAAAGGGUGGAUUUUUUGUCGAUCUCUUUGUGAGAGUAUCAAAUCAGGUUGCUGUAAAUAUGUAUAAGCAACUAGGCUACAGUGUGUACCGGACAGUCUUAGAGUACUACUCAGCUAGCAGUGGGGAGCCAGAUGAAGAUGCUUAUGAUAUGAGAAAAGCUCUUUCCAGAGAUACAGAGAAGAAAUCAGUUAUACCUCUGCCUCAUCCUGUGAGGCCAGAAGACAUCGAGUAACCUUAAGCUGCGGUUCUCAUGCAGUUUACUAAGUGUCAGGUUCCACCUCCUAUAACCCCCAACAACUCAUGGAUAAGAAAUUUUAGGCAGGAUUUUUUUCCCAUAAAAUACUAAAAAGCAGUGUUGAGAAGCUGACUAACACUGCUUCUAUUGGUAAUGGCUGUAUACUGCCACACUUUGUUAUUUUAACUUUCACAUAGUGGAGAUUUGGAGGUUAUUAAAAUGGAAUUACCUCCUG